AAAGAGCAAGCCAAAAAACAAACAACAACAACUCGGGCCACAUUAAAUCGAUUUUCAUUGAUUUUACCAGAAAAUUCGGAUGUAGGAGUGUUUAUUUUUGAAUAAAGUGAUCAAAUACGAAAUGGCCACCGAUGUGGAACCGGCAGCGAAUACGGCGGACAAGUUUUCGGCCAAUGCCGAGGAGCUGGAGGGCUAUUAUCUGAUGCUGGAGGCGGGAAAUAUUCCGGAACUGCAGUGGCAAUUCCCGGGACGCAGGCCUCCAUCGCCGGAGGUCGGAUCCGGCGCAAUUAGCAAGGAACUGGAGCAGGCAGCCGAUGUCAUUGAACAGGAACCCCAAAAGGCCAAUGACUUUGAUUUCAGCGACGAGGUGGCCCCCACCCAAAUGCGCGUCCGUAGUCAGACAUCCACGCCCAAGUCGGCCAAAAAGAAGACGGCCAACUUUGCCGGGGUCAUGGACACGCUGAGGAAGAAGAACGCGGAGAGCUCCUAGCACCCGCCAAAAUUCUGAUACUGAUCUGGCCCAGAAAUCGGAAUACAGCCAAAACUUGGGAUCACUUUGUAUCGUUAAAUGUCUAUAGGCAUCGCCAAAUCUGAAUCCUUAAGGCUUCUAUCAAUUACAAAUUAACACUAUACUUUCAAACCGAAGAGCCAAGAAAGUCGGAUGUUGACCAAUCUAAGGAUCACUCUUUGCAUCCAAAUGAAUCAAUCUACGGGAUUUAAAAAUCAUCUUAACAGGAACAACGCUUGGCAUAUGGAAACAGAAACAAGGAUUUUAGCAUUUGCUCGAGAAGGUUUUGUUGCAGAUCAAACCUAGGAAUCCUAAAGUCACUGCCUAGUUUAGUCUCUAAGGUUUUUUCAAGUAACGUAAUUACUUUGCCAGUGGAACACACCGAGUUUAUUUAAAUUUAAGAGAACCAAUUUGUACUUGAGUUCUGUUUGAAGACAAAAAAUAGUUGAUAUGACGAUCAAUUUGAUGACUUUACAAAUCAUUUUUAACCAACAUUUGAAUUUGAUUUUCAAAAUAUAAAUAUUAAGUUGAAAAAAUAUAAAUGUUUAUUGAGCAGCAGUGGGAUUUGACCCCGUGCAGACUUUUAUAUAAAUUGACCGGUUGUUUCUAUGGCAGCAGUUCUAUAAAAUUAAAAGGAUAUAUGUAAAAUCGUCAUAUUAAAAAAGACAACAAACUUAUGACGAAAACUCUUUAAAUAUUCCAAUAGAUUCAAAGGCAGCUGUAAGACAUAGUUGUCCGAUUUUUAUGUUGUACGACUCAAGUACUGUAAUUAAAUUACCAUAGCAUAAAAAGCAACAAAAACUUGCUAAGCCACACCCACAUUAAAUAUUUACCAAAAACCUUCUUUAUAACCAAUAAAUAAGCCAACUAGUUAGGGUACAACAAGAGUAGCUUGUAAGGGAUUCUUAUUUACCAUUUGACAGUUGAGUUUUACAUUUUAAAGCAAGGACUGGUAUACAGUAUCUUGUUAAGGAGACAACCUAUUCUUUAGAAUUAACUAACUAGCACUUAAGAGUAGCUCAUAGCAUUAGAAAAGCAGUGAGUUGCAAAUGGGCACCAUAUACUCGGAAAUAUUUUAUAAAUAUCUACGUUUUAAGAUUAGUUGGUAAGUAAGACGUAAGCAAUUUAUGUUCCAUUUUAAAAUUGAGUUUAUAUUUAUGCCACAAUGCAAUAUUUUUAAUAAUAUUGCCAAAAACCGUCGUUUGAAGAUUAGUAUAUAUAGGGUAAAAGGCUUAUUUGCCAUUUAUAAAUUAAGAUUUAGAUAGUAUUUAACAUAUGGAACUGCCCUUUUACAUUUAACCCCUAAAUUUGCAUUUAACAGCAGGCACUGAAAAACAGAAAGUUGUAAAAGGGCUCUAUUUUCGUGAGAGGAGUUCAUAAGUACAUAACUAUAAGACUAAAAUAACUACAUCAAGAUAAGUAAACCCUGUAUAUAUAAUGAACUAACACUGAAUUUCACAAAAAGCUGUUAUAAUCGUGUCUGAAAGUAAAUACAAAUAAUUGAAAUCAACACAUAGGUAUUCCAAGUAGUUCUAUAAGAUCUAUUUGCUGUUAUAUAUUCCCUAAUAAAAUAGUUGGAUGUCUAAACUACAAAAUCUCGAUCUAAAAAUUUUUUA